CCGCCCCGGAGGAGGCCGGAACGAGCGCGCCUCGGGGCAGCGGGAGGUCCCCGGAGCUGCUGCGCUGCGCCAGUCGGCCAUGGCCGCCCCGCUGCUCACCCGGGCCUGUGGCCGCGUCCGCGGAGCCCUCCGUCCUCAGGCCUGGCAGCAGUUACACACAAUCUACCAGUCUGUGGAGCUGCCUGAGACACAUCAGAUGUUGAGACAGACAUGCCGGGACUUUGCCGAGAAGGAGCUGGUUCCCAUCGCGGCCCAGCUGGACAAGGAACACCGCUUCCCAGCGGCCCAGGUGAAGCAGAUGGGCGAGUUGGGGCUCCUGGCCAUGGACGUGCCAGAGGAGCUGGGCGGUGCCGGCCUGGACUACCUGGCCUACGCCAUCGCCAUGGAGGAGAUCAGCAGGGGCUGCGCCUCCACGGGCGUCAUCAUGAGCGUCAACAACUCGCUCUAUCUGGGACCUGUCCUGAAGUUCGGCUCCGAGGAGCAGAAGCGACAGUGGGUCACUCCUUUCACGGGCGGUGACAAAAUUGGCUGCUUCGCCCUCAGCGAGCCAGGGAAUGGCAGCGACGCCGGGGCCGCCUCCACCACGGCCGUGGAAGACGGUGACGCGUGGGUCCUGAAUGGCACCAAGGCCUGGAUCACCAAUUCCUGGGAGGCCUCUGCAGCUGUGGUCUUCGCCACUGUCGACAAGUCCAAGAAGAACAAGGGCAUCAGCGCCUUCCUGGUCCCCAUGCCAACGCCGGGGCUCACGCUUGGCAAGAAGGAAGACAAGCUGGGCAUCCGGGCCUCGUCCACGGCCAACCUCAUCUUUGAGGACUGUCGCAUCCCCAGAGAAAACCUGCUGGGGGAGCCGGGGAUGGGUUUCAAGAUCGCCAUGCAAACCCUGGACAUGGGCCGCAUCGGCAUCGCCUCGCAGGCCCUGGGCAUUGCCCAGGCCGCUAUUGACUGUGCCGUCACCUACGCCGAGAACCGCACGGCCUUUGGGGCGCCGAUCACCAAGCUCCAGGGCAUCCAGUUCAAGCUGGCAGACAUGGCUCUGGCUCUGGACAGUGCCCGGCUGCUGACCUGGCGCGCUGCCAUGUUGAAGGACAACAAGAAGCCGUACACUAAGGAGGCGGCAAUGGCCAAGCUGGCCGCAUCGGAAGCCGCCACCGCCAUCAGCCACCAGGCCAUCCAGAUCCUCGGGGGCAUGGGCUACGUGACGGAGAUGCCGGCUGAGCGGCACUACCGCGACGCCCGCAUCACCGAGAUCUACGAAGGCACCAGUGAGAUCCAGAGGCUCGUCAUCGCCGGACACCUGAUCAAGAGCUACCGAAGCUGAGCC